AGGCAGUAGCCACAACGCGAGCCGGUUGCUACUCUGUACUCUGACCGUGCCUUGGCUGUUAAUCAGAUUUCAGUCUGCAAGAACAAGUUUGAGUUUAAGCAGGUGAUGAUGGAGGAGGCUUUUGAUGUCGUGGUGGUGGGUUCCUGUAUGACCGACUUGGUAAGCCAGACACCAAGGCUACCCAAAGCAGGGGAAACCAUCCAUGGUCACAAGUUCUUUAUUGGCUUUGGGGGUAAAGGAGCCAACCAGUGCAUUCAGGCUGCCAGACUGGGAGUCAAAACCACCAUGAUCUGCAAGGUUGGUAAAGACUUCUUUGGAGACGCUUAUAUCCAGAAUUUCAAGGACAACAAUGUGUCUACAGACUUUGUAUGGCAGACUUCUGAUGCAGCCACAGGAGCCGCUUCAAUCACCGUCAACGAUGCAGGUGAGAAUGCCAUUGUGAUUGUGGCCGGUGCCAACAUGCUGCUGGGUGGAGACGAGCUGCAGAAAGCUCUCCCGGCCAUCCGAAAAGCUAAAGUGUUGGUGUGUCAGCUGGAGAUCAAUCCACAGACUUCCCUCCAGGCUCUACAAAUGGCUCGCGACAACAAAGUGAAGACGGUUUUCAACCCCGCGCCGGCCAUCCCGGACUUGGAUUAUAAUUUCUACAAGGUCUCUGAUGUGUUUUGCUGUAACGAGUCAGAGGCAGAGCUGCUAACUGGCUUCUCGGUUAAUAACGUGGAGGGAGCCCACCGCGCCUCUCAGGAGCUGCUCAGGCGAGGCUGCGGGGCGGUCAUUCUCACUUUAGGACCUCAAGGCUGCGUGGUGCUCAAGGCACAGGAGAAAACUUCAACACACGUUCCAUCUACGGCAGUCGCAGCAGUGGACACGACAGGAGCUGGAGACAGCUUCAUUGGUGCUCUGGCGUUUUACUUGGCUGUCCACCCCACCAUGACCCUGGAGGAGAUGGCAGGCAGAGCCAAUCAGGUGGCGAGUGUGAGUGUGCAGACCUCCGGCACACAAACGUCAUUCCCCUUCAGACAGGAUCUACCGGCCAAACUGUUCUGAGAUCAGACACACAAACCUGUCUGCAUGGACCAAGUGGAUCGUCUUAGGAAGUCUGCUGCUUUAAGAAGCCUUACAAUAAUACAUUUGACAGCUGUUGAAUAAAUGUGACAGUAAAAUUG